AUGAGUCAAAGAUAUCAAGGAGGAGGUUCACGAGGAGGUGGUAUUUCUGAAUUCCAAGCCUAUAAUGAUCAAGGAGGUGGUGGUGGAGGUGGAUAUUCACGUGGAGGUCGUGGUGGUGGUGGAGGUGGUAAUGACUACUACAAUACUCGUAAUAAUAGAAAUGAUAAUAGAAAUUAUCACAGACAACAACAACAAGAUCAAGGCUAUGACAAUUUUAAAGGAGAAUAUGGAAGCGGAUCACAAUCAUCACAACAAUUGAGUAAUAGUGGUGAGGAAGCUGUUGUACAAAAGAUUUCCUUUGCUGUUGUUUGUGCUUCCAAUCAGAACAGAUCCAUGUCUGCUCACUAUUUGUUGCAAAAGAAGUAUAGAAUGAACGUUAGCAGUUUUGGUACAGGUUCAUCAGUCAAAUUACCUGGUAAAUCAAGAGACUCUCCAAAUAUUUACGAUUUUGGUACUUCCUAUCAAGACAUUUUCAACGAUUUGAAAUCACAAGAUGAAGAAUAG